AGUGUUAAUAGUUUUGUGUCAUUUAGUCAACUAUAAGCUUACAGUUAUGAAGCUACUACUGGCCACCUUUAUGUUCACACUUUACAGUGUUUCUUCAAGAAGUGUUUUCGACAACAAGUUCAUGGAAACACGUAACAAAAAAACGUUCGUGGACAAGACACUACUGGUGGAAGAAUUUAUGCGACAUAAGUAUUUAUUUGUAAACGCCCCAAGUAAGUUUGGAAAAUCAACCAACCUAGAUAUGAUUAGUUUGUUUUUAGGAAAUCAGCGGCCAAAAGAUGAAAUUGAAAAAUAUUUUAAAGACACAAAGCUUUGGAACAGCAACGCUUUUGUUAAACAAAAUCUCGGAGAACAUCCGAUUGUGCAUUUCAAUCUGAAAAUUGUAGGCGCUUCAACUGUGUUAGACAACAUUCUAACUGCGUUUAAAGUAGCCGUGUACAACGCCAUUAGUGAUCACAUGUACCUCUUCGACAGUGAAAAGAUUAGUGACGAUCAACGAAAAAUGCUAGAGAUCUACGCAGAUCUUACCAGUUGUAGACUUGUAGACGCCAAUACGGUCUCUUCGGGGCUCAACUUUCUUGUGGAAGUCCUUCACACCCAUCAUGGAAAGCCGGUGAUUCUAUUGGCUGACGAGUACGGUAGAGGAAUCAGUGAAGGAAUCAUCCACAACAAGAAAGACUUACCUGCUAUUGUUGAGUGGUAUUCCUCAGUUCUCAACAAAACUUUUGCCAAUGAGAAUCUCAUCGCACAUGCUUUGAUAUCAGGAGAAAACUGGUUAUAUGGUGUUAAAAGCCCAGUGCUGCCCAAGUUUAAACUCAUUCCUUUCAUGCAAUCCGUAGAGUUCAUCACUUACUUCGGUUUCACUCAUGAUGAAGUCAAAGAUCUCUUGGUGAAGUUUGACCUUUCACACAAUUUUGACGAAGUUAUCAAAUGGUAUGGAGGAUACACGUCAAGCGACGGAUUGUUCAAAUUGGCGAACCCGUUCUCUAUAAGUGAGUACUUUGCGUACAAGAAAGAGUCUGUGUAUUGGACCGGCUCUGCUCUGGCUGACGAGUUGAUAGGAAUCAUGGUCGGAGAAGAGUCCUUGAAAGCACAAGUAGUUCAUCUGGUUUUAAGAAACACCGUUGAGGUGGAUUUGAAAAAGGAUAUCAGAAUCGACGACAUUUUACUUUUGAAAAACCAAGUGGAGCAGCUACCUCAGUACUGUGAGAACUUCUUCUUUCGGCUGUUGGUGGAAGCUGGGUAUUUGACAUUUGCAGAACCUCAACCUAACAAAGACAAAACCACAGUGAGAGUUGCAAAUGAGGAGGUACAGUCUGCCAUGGUCAGUUACACAUUAUGAGUUCCAAAAACAUUUUAAACAUAACCCAAUUGUGCUCUAUAAAUUUAUUUGUAAAUAUGAUAAAUGUUAUUUAUUCAAUACUGUACUGUCAAUUUUAUAAGAUGAUAUG